AUCUGUCCUCCCUAUAAGGAAAAUUCUGGGCAUAUUUAUAAUAAGAACAUAUCCCAGAAAGAUUGCGAUUGCCUUCAUGUGGUGGAUCCCAUGCCUGUGCGAGGGCCUGAUGUAGAAGCAUAUUGUCUACCCUGUGAGUGGAAAUAUGAGGAACGAAGCUCUGUGACAAUCAAGGAUCACCAGCCUUUUGCAAAUGCCCACAAUGUGCUGGCCCGUUCCUGCAGUCGUGCCAAUGUGCUGAACAAGGUUAAGUACGCCCAGCAGUGCUGGAAACUUCAAGUUCAAGAACAGAGAAAAAUCUGUCUUUGA